UCGUCAGCAUCACUGGCUGAGUGGAAAUAAUCCUUGGAUGCUAAUUGGUUCGCUAUCUGUGAAUUGGUUGCUUCCUUGCGAUACUCACUACUCGGUCAGUGAGGAAGUGCGUUUGCUGGUCAACGAGCUUUCUAACUGUCAUUACCCUGCGCUUUUCGAUUCGUCGAGUGGCCAGGAUGUGGCUUUGAGAUUGUUCGCACUUAGUAAUCGCGAUGCUGGCUUCCAACGGUUGCCUCCGGCCCGUCUUGAAACACGGACCAAGGAGUCUAAC